AUGUUCCAAAAAGACCGAUCCACAGUAACAGCACUCGAGCUGGAUGACUUACUUCAGACCAGGCAGUCCUACAGCACAGCGAGGGCAGAAGCGGAGACUCAGUCUGAACCUCUGAGCCAUGAUUUCACGUCUACCACGAAGCGAAGGCCGGGCCCAAUAUCCUGGCAGAUGGUUGGGAUAUGCGUCGGCCUCUUCAUCACGACGGUCUUAAGCGUCCUACUGCUGAUCGCCAGCUGUAGCGGCUGGACUGUGCCGGACAACAUAUACUGGUUCAACAUCGCCCACCGGGCCUCGAUCCAGCUGGUGGUUCAGAUUGUCUCCAACGCCCUGGCCCUUGUUUACAGCAGCGCCCUCUGCACGCUCAUCAACUACGCGAGCCGGAUGUACUGGGACAGGAACGGCCCGGUGCGGAUGGACAUGUUGCGGUUCUGGAGGGACAUGUGCGCCCUGCGAAUGGACUUUGACAUCCCCGUAUCGCUAAUGGCCCUCCUCGUGGGCUUCAUAGGACUCACAUCGGUGCAGUCGGCGUUGUGGGCCGGCGCUCUGACGCCCGUGGCCACGACGGUAGUGCGAGAGACGAACGUCACCGUGCCGAGCUAUCACAACGCCUCGCUGAUCGCCGAGUACGCCUCCGAGGUCGGCGAUGCCGACGCGCCCCCAGACGUGCGCGGCACAAAGGGCUUCUUCACGUACAAGGUGGGCGUGGGCCUGACGGGCGAGCUGCUCAGGGCGGCGGCAUCCGCGACCCCGACAGGCGACGAGCCCAGGAAGCACCAGAAGAACGACAACACCCAAUUCACAUACAUCGGCCGCUCGUAUGGCGUCGGCUCCUCAGUUGGCCUCCUAGACGACACCACCCCCUCGGACACCCUCGCCCUGGGGCUCACGUACCAGGAGGUCGGGUACGACGCCUCCGUCAGCUGCGCGUACAACGCCAGCACGGGCUUCGUGCUCGAGAAGCUGGGCAGCGGCUACAUCGACGCCUUCGCGGCCAGGGGCGUGCUCCCCAACAGCGCGCCGGGCGACCCUGAGUACUCGACCUACGUCGGCUGGGGCGCGAGGUCGGUCGUGGCCAUCGGCGUGGGCCGCGACGCGAACUCGGCGAGGCACACGCUGGGCAUCGCGGCCGGCGAGGCCUACGCGCACCUCAACGCGGCGCAGUGCGACAUCUCCUUCGCCCCGGCGCUGUUCGACGUCACCGUCAGCCUCACGGGCCGCAACAUCACCGUCACCCGGGCUGGCAGUACCAACAACAACAGCAGCGACGCAGCGGCAGCGCAGCCGGCCCUGGACUGGGACACGGGCAGCCUGAGGUACGUGCUGACGCGGCAGUUCGAGCUCAUCGCCAACGCGCAGACGAACCUGUACGUCUCGCUCGUGGGCAGCUCGUUCAACGCCAGCAUCGCCGACUACGUGACCGCGUCCGGGGGCGCGGGCCUGGAGGAGGCGACGCCGCCGGGGCUGGCCAGCGCCGUGGCGGUCAUGACGGACGACAUGUUGGUGGCGUACGCGCAGGCGCAGCUCAUGAUCGGGGGCUUUGCGGCGGGCGCGCCGGCUGUCGUCCGGAGGCAGGCCAUGCGCGUGGGCGAGGACGCGUAUGUCUACGCUGUGUUUGUCCUUAAUGUCGUUGUUAUCUUGGCGGUGCUUGUCGAGUGCUUGCGGACCAGGGGGUGGAGGGGCCUGGUGUUGUUUGACUACAUGGAUGUGGAGUGGUUGGCCGUUGGUGGGUUUAGAGGUGGAGUGAUUGCGGCCAAUGGUGUCGACGGUGAGGUUGAUGUGAUAGAUGGGAUGAAUCCUGAGGAGUGGAGUAGGUUGGACGUGUCCCUAGAGGGCGCAGCAGGCGACUCUUUCAUUCGGGUUACGAAAAGGGAUAAAGCUCAAGAAUAG